UUAUGACUCUCAAAUUUUACACUGAAGGAAGAAAGAAGAGGGAAGCCAUGUACCGGUAGCUCCGAAACUAUUUCCCGCGAGAUGGACGUUUAGCAAAACUACUAGGAAAAACUACAUGUUUCUAUUUUAGCUAGCUGUGGCCUUUCACUCACUACUACAUAACUUAGCCUCUAGCUAUAUUUCCAGAUACGUGAGUCGGUGUUAGCUAUGUGUGCUUCGAUGUAACUAUUUGGCUGUGAAUUUAUUAGUGACCUGUCUACUGUAAUGUAUCCUGAGGUCUCAUUAACACACACACACGUUAGUACCAUGGACACAGAGUGUGUGUCGCUGCUGCCCAGUGUGUGUGAGGUGCUGGCGGAUUCAGGGAGGUCUCUGCCCGAUGACACCAGCCUGGAGAAACUGUUGGACUGGUUCACAGGGCUCACCAAGGCUGGGGGAUCUCUGCUGAAGGCCUGCCCAUGUCUGCUUGAAUUCAUAUCCACUGUGGGUCACAACACAGCUUCAGACCCCGGUGUCCUCUCCUUCACUCUCAAACUCACCGGCUUAAUGGCUGCCACUGAGGACGGCUUCAAAAUGCUUCAGGAAUGCUCUGUUCUGGACCAGGUCUUCAACCUUCGGCACUGGCAAGACGCAGGGCUCUGGGAGGAUCCCUGUUUACGGAUUGGCUGGAUCCAGGGCUUAAAGAACUUGCUGCAGCAUCCAAAGGCUCUCAGUUUUUUUGUACAAUCAGAUUUCAUUGAACCGCUCCUUCAACUCCAGACAGACACAAGUCUAUUCGUUGCCUCAGCUGCCAAUCAAAUGCUCGCCCACAUCCUGCUCUUCUGUCAGCCAGUCUCGUCUGCAGGAUGUAACGGCAUAGAUAAGAAAGAAGAAGAUGACGGGAGGACACAUGCCUCCAUCACAGACUUAGAACACCCAGCCGUCACCAUGGAAACCAGUGCAGAGUACACUGCUGUUGUCGCGGCGAUCACAGAGUACCUCAAGGAGUCACUGGUUCCCAAAGAAAACACACAGCUCCAUCAGAGUCUGCAGAUCCUCAAACUUCUGGCACUGCUCCUGGCCCAGGCCGGGGCUCCUCUCCGGGACAAGCUGCUCCAGACAGUCGCAGAUUCUCUGGAGGAGCUGGUGACAGCAGGCUGCAGUCAGCUCACGCUGCCUCUGAUGGACGUCAUUCUGGCUGCAUACAGCUCCGGCACCGAUGAACGUGUCCCAGACCAACGGGUCACCCGUCUUCUAUCAUCCAUGUUGAACAUUAACAAACCCUCUGACCUCAUUCGUGCUGCAGCUGCUUUUCUUCACAGAAGUCACCAUGAUACUGUCCACACAGCCCGGGCUGUGAGAAUACUACUGCUACCCCUCAACAUUACAACUGGUCAGACCCUGCUGGGCACAAACACCACUGGUAAAACGCACACAUAUAAAAACAGUUAUAAUUGUUUACACAGUCUGUUGUUUAGCAUCUUUAUAACUAAAUAUAUUUCCGUUCCUGCAGCAGACGAGAAUUGGUUUUCAAUGGAAGAGCAGCUGAAGAGUAAAACCUCCUGCGUCUCUGUGAUCUGUGUCUGUCUGACAAACACACCACAGAUCACACUCAAGCCUUCUGGCGUCCUCCCCUGUCCUCCAGUUUUAAUUGUCACUGCAGUUCUGUCAUUGUUAAGCAUCUGCAGUGGCGUCUCUUCCUCCUCAUCCGCCGGUUGUAGUGAGGUUUGCAGGAAUGUAAUCGGCAGUGGCAAAGUUCAGAAAUGUGCUCUAGAGGCUCUGACAGCUCUCAGCUGCAGCCCAGGAGCGAAGGAGAAGAUCAGUGAAGUGUUCACAGUUCUGAUAAAAUACCUGGAAAAUCCUGAUUCUGACCCUACUGUACUCCACAAGUCCUACCAGGCCUUAGUAAAGUGGAUGAGUGUGUGCACAGACCUCUCCGUUAUAACAGACCAGCUCAGACGAGAUCUUGUCGAGGUAGUGAAGAAGCGUGCGUGUGACAUGCGUUGGGAGGUGAGAGACUCGACGGUGGAGUUUCUGGGACACCUGGCAGGUGUGCGUGUUUGCCUGAAAUCAGCCGAGGAGGUGUGUGAUGCGUCUGAGGCGCUGCUGAGCGGCUGCUGUACCACUCCUCUCCUGAAGGAGGCACUGCAGGACACAGAGAGUUACGUGAGGGCCAGUGCCAUCUCGGCACUGGCAAAGGCACUGGCACACAGCUGGCAGCAGGGGGCAGCACUCACUCCGGAGGAGACUGAAAUAGUGAGCCGGCUGCUUGAAAUCCUAUCCCAGGACACAGAGGGAUUCGCCAGGAGGGCUGUCGUACGAUACUUCAUCUCCUGGUUCUCUUCACGCUCCUCACACUCGCCUGCAUCAUCAUCUGCCUCCUUCACCUCUCUCCUGAUGCAGUGUGUACGCUCCACCCUCUCACAAGGCAGUGCGGAUCUGGACUGGGAGGUCAAAGUUCACACGCUGGAGCUGGCUGAGCUGCUACUGGAUGAAGCCUUUUCAGGUCACCAGGGUUACAGGAAGGGCUCAGACACACAUCAUGCUCUACCGCACCCUUAUGGUGUAGUUUCUGACCAGGCGUACAUGCUUCACACUCACACUGGUGCACACACAGAGGGCAUGGAGUCAGAUUUGGCCGGAGCGUUAAACAAUCUGGUCAAGCAGGGAGUCAUCUCAGCGUUGUUGAGUGGUCUGGUUGACUGCGAUAGGCCUGUGGGUCUGAAGGCCUGUCGACUGCUGAUAACACUCAGAGAGACAGUCUGCCCUCUGUCGCUAGGGGCACUGGAUGCUGCCAUGGCAACAGUUGCCAGGGUGUCCUGUGAACUGCCUGGCCAGGGCUGGGGGCAGGAGAUCAGACAGUUUCUGGGGAUGAAGAAGAGUGAUCGAGCCAGAGAGGCGGACAUCGCAGCACAGAGGAGCUUCAAUGGAGCAGACGAGGUUCAUUCUGAAGGCGAGGCGGGAAAGGAGGGUGCGAAGGUGGCAGCCGACAGCGUGACUGUUAGUGUGUGUGAAGUGUUGAGGUCUCUGGGUUUAGACGAGAGGCUGGACGUCCUGUCUCAAAGCAGCGACCACAUCCACAACUCUCCCCUCUCUCUGCUGCAGGACAUACUGACUGCGAGUGCCGCUCACACUAAUCCAGGCACACGACCAGGGCAAGAGGUCAUAGUGGACUGCUACUGACACACACAUACACAUACACUGCCUUAUGUUGGUUUGUUAUCAGUGAUGAACAGCUCACUCUUAACUCAGGGUACAUUUGCCUUCGUGUUGUGAUAUUUUUGUUACUUGAGUAAAAGAGGAAUUGCCCUGAUUUUACUGAUUUGUACAUGUAUAUUGUUUCUCUAGUGUAACAGAGCUCUGCGUGUGAAUUUGUGAACAUGAGAAAGUAUCUUGGAAAGCAACAUGACCAGAGACCUGAGAUCUCUGGCUGAGCAAUUUCAACAUUUUCACAUUGUGAUUUGAACAAUAUAUUCACCUUUUAUUGGCUAUUAGUGAAUAAGCCAACUGGAAAAACAACAGUUUUAAGAAUUACUUAACAUUUAAUAUUACAAUUUCAUUAAAUACCAAGCAUGAAGCUGUUGAUCUUUGUUGGCUUUCUCAUGAUAUAAUGUUUUAAUUUUUAAGAUAUAUUGGUCAGUCACAACUCACCAAUAGAGUUCUGCACAGGCCAAAAACUGAGACCUGACAGGCCUGGAUCCAUGUCUUUACAUUAUUCACCGUUAGCUUGCCAGGCUGAUUCAACUCUUGGCUCUUCUGUGCAUCCACACAUUGUCACACCUUGUCUCCAGUGGCCACAUAGCGAAAGCAACACGUUUGCAGCAGUAGCUUCAGUCCUACGCGGCUGGUGUAGACAGCUGUCUUUUACAUUUGAAAAUAACCAGAUACUUUGUUGGGUCCUUUGUCGGGUAGCAGAUGUCACCAAACUCUUUGUCAUAUUACCAUGUCCUAUGUGACAUAUAUUGAUUAACAGUUUAAUCAAAACAACAAUCAGUUCCACUGAGAUUUGUACUCUGUACCUACUUUUUUUCCAAGUUAAUUGUUGUAAAUAAAUCUACAGGUAAAUGGUGUUA